GUUGCUAUGUGAUGAAAAACAGCCUUGGACAAAGAUAAAACAUCACUGGCGAUAGUUCUCUUUGCAUAACACAUAGGGGGAAACGUAUCCAGGAGAGGAAAACGCCAUGGCCACUUCUAUGGCUACAAAUAUCGUUGCUGAUGGGUUCACGAGCAAAUCAAGACUAAAAAACGCCAAGGUACGUCACGAAAUAUCUCUCAAACUACAAACGCCGGCCAUGUUGUAAUAUUAUACCUUAUUGUUUGGCUUCGAAUACGCGCUUAAAUCUUCGAUUCUCUUUCGGUUUUUAGGUUAAAAAUCCACCAAAAUGCGGAGCCUUUAAAGAAAGACCCGCAGCCAAAACAAGCUUCCGAAAAUUUUACGAAAGAGGCGAUUUUCCUAUCGCUCUAGAGCACGACACAAAAGGCAACAAAAUUGCGUGGAAGGUCGAACUUGAGAAGCUGGACUACCAUCAUUAUCUGCCGUUGUUCUUCGAUGGUCUGCGAGAAACCGAGCACCCAUACGAGUUCUUUGCGAGACAAGGCGUUCAUGAUAUGCUAGAACACGGAGGACAGAAGAUUCUGCCUGUUGUCCCACAGCUUAUAAUUCCUUUGAAAAGCGCCUUGAAUACAAGAAAUCACAAAGUCGUAUGCACUACUUUGAAAGUACUACAACAUCUGGUCGUCUCGGGGGAAAUGGUUGGCGAAGCGCUAGUGCCUUACUAUCGCCAAAUUCUGCCAAUUUUAAAUAUCUUUAAGAAUAAAAAUAUAAAUUGUGGGGAUCGCAUCGACUACAGUCAACAACGUCGUGAAAACAUGGGCGAUCUUAUCCAAGAGACACUGGAAAGUUUUGAACGCACUGGAGGCGAGGACGCUUUUAUAAAUAUCAAAUAUAUGGUGCCUACAUACGAGUCAUGUAUGUUAAACUAAUUUAAAACGAAACUGUAUAUUAGGACGUGUAUUGUAUACUCAACAAUGUGAAUAAACUGCUUUUAGACCGACGUUUUAGAAUGCUUAUAUAUAUAUAUAUAUAGAUAUAUAGCCUAGACCCUAGUAAUGCAUAUAUUUUAUUCUAAUGUUUCUGCGAAAUGCGAUGUAUUAUAUGAUCAUGUUCUAAGAAUCUAGUUAUUUUUUAGAUUUUGUUUUAACGCAUGUAGACUGCUUGGACAGUAAACAGUAUGUUUUGAUGUUUAAAAAUGAUAAAUAUUUUU